CGCCCCUAUUCAGCGUACGGGGGACCGAGCCUUUAGUCCGACAGGCACUGAAAUUCGGGACAGCAGAAAGGGGAAUCUGUGGCGACACUGCUGAGCAGAGCGGAGCAGGCGCAGCACGGACGCCCCAAGCCUACCGACGAAGAAGGCCGGCGCGACCGGACAAAGAAGGCCCCUCUCCCGCCCGGCGCGCGCCUCUGCCGGUCCCCGGGACUUGCAGCGCGCUCCCCGGGGCAACUUUUUCUCUAGUCUCGGAAACCGCCCUAAUGGCUGAGGUGAAGGUGAAGGUGCAGCCGCCGGACGCGGAUCCGGUAGAAAUAGAAAACAGAAUUAUAGAAUUAUGCCACCAGUUCCCUCAUGGAAUCACAGAUCAAGUAAUUCAAAAUGAAAUGCCUCACAUAGAAGCCCAACAACGAGCAGUGGCCAUCAAUAGACUGUUGUCCAUGGGUCAGUUGGAUCUUUUAAGGAGUAAUACGGGCCUCUUAUAUAGAAUAAAGGACUCUCAGAAUGCUGGUAAAAUGAAGGGGUCUGAUAACCAAGAAAAACUAGUCUACCAAAUCAUAGAGGAUGCAGGGAAUAAAGGAAUAUGGAGCAGAGAUAUUCGAUACAAAAGUAACUUGCCAUUAACGGAGAUCAACAAAAUUCUCAAGAAUUUGGAAAGCAAAAAGCUUAUCAAAGCCGUGAAGUCUGUAGCAGCCUCCAAAAAGAAGGUUUAUAUGCUCUAUAACCUGCAACCAGACCGAUCUGUGACUGGUGGAGCCUGGUACAGUGACCAGGAUUUUGAAUCUGAAUUUGUUGAGGUGCUUAACCAACAGUGUUUCAAAUUCCUACAAACCAAGGCAGAAACAGCAAGAGACAGUAAACAGAAUCCAAUGAUUCAAAGAAACAGUUCAUUUGCUUCAUCACAUGAAGUGUGGAAGUACAUCUGUGAAUUGGGCAUCAGUAAGGUAGAGUUGUCCAUGGAGGACAUUGAAACCAUCCUGAACACACUCAUUUAUGAUGGGAAAGUGGAGAUGACUAUCAUUGCUGCAAAGGAAGGCACUGUUGGCAGUGUAGAUGGACACAUGAAACUGUACAGGGCAGUCAACCCAAUCCUCCCACCUACAGGCUUAGUCCGGGCACCCUGUGGACUCUGCCCUGUUUUUGAUGACUGCCAUGAAGGUGGUGAGAUUUCACCAUCUAAUUGUAUUUACAUGACAGAAUGGCUCGAAUUUUAGUAGAGAGCUGUGAAUUUGACUUACAUUUGGCAAAUGAAUUACUUGGAGAGCAAAUAAUUCGUGGUGGAACAUCAAAUUUCCUUGCAAGCAUGCUUCUCAAUGAUGGAUACUGACUUGCUGCUAUGAAAACAUAUUUAUUUAUGAAGACAGAACACAAAGCAGAUGAAGUUUAAUAAAGUUGAAUAGGGAAGUCUCUUCUGCAGUAAGUAAAAUACCUUGAAGCUCUGGAAGACCAAGGAAAAAGAAGCCAGCAAACCUCCAUUGACAAGUACUGGAUAAAUUACUUCUUCAGGUCUUCAUUGACACUCAUCAUCAGGCUUAUUACCACCAUUUCUGUUUGUGUUUCUUGGGUUUUAUUGAGAAGAAAUUGGAGGUGGUGUGGGAAAGGAACAUCCCUUUCCCACAGUUGGUUCCUCUUCUCCUCAGUGCUCUUCCAGAGGAGUAUGCUGCCACACUGACUUCGCUCCCACAUGCUGUUGUUCAGGACAUGUCUCCAUCCUAAAGGGGAUAAUCUCACAAGUCCUUUGUUAAGGCUGUAAAUUUCUCUGAUGGCUUAAUUGUACUGUUUGCCAGAAUUUUUUCCAGAUUCUUACUUCAUGCCUAUAGUAUGACCCUCUGCCACCAGCAUCAAAUUCAAAUUUUGUAAUCUGAUCCCCAUGUGAAAUGUGAUAAGUAGAACCUUUGGAAAGUGACAGAUCGUGAGUGUAGAGUCCUCGUGAGUAGAAUUAGGGCCUGUAUAGGAGAUACCCAAAGUGUUCCAUUGUCCCUCUAUCAUGCGAGAGCACAGGGAAAAGAAUAAGGAAGCAGGCCCUUGUUAGACAGUAAAUCUACCAGCCCACUGGACUUCCCAUCUUAGAAUCAUGAUAACUAGAUGUAUUUUCUUGAUAAACCAUUAGCUGCAGUUCUCAGCCCAUGGGUUGCAGCCCCUUUGGGGUUAACAGUCCUUUCAAGGGAUCAUCUGAGAUCUUCAGAAAACAUAGAUAUUUACAUUACAGUUCAUAACAGUAGCAAAAUUAGUUUUGAAGUAGCAACAAAAAUAAUUUUACAGUUGAGGGUCACCACAACAUGAGGAAUUGUAUUAAAGAGUUACAGCAUUAGGGAGGUUGGGAACCACUGAUCUACAGUGUUCUAUUAAAGCAGAUAGAAGAGAUAGUAUCUAAUCUUUCAACUAAAUUAAAACUAAAACUAGCUGUUUUUUUUUUCUCUCUCUCUCUCUGUCUGUCUCUCUCAAUCUGUGCCUGUCUGUCUCUUUUUUUUCCUCUCUCUCUCUCCCUCUUCCUCCCUCUCCCUCCCUCCCUCCAAGGGUUUUUCUGUGUGGUCCUGGAACUUUGUAGACUAGGCUGGCCUUGAACUCACAGAUCUACCUGCCUUUCCCUCCCGGGUGCUGGGAUUAAAGGCUGCCUCUACUAUGCCCAGUUUACUGUUUGUCUUCAAAGUUUCUUUAUACAAGCCAAAAGCAUGAGCCAACUGAAUGUCUUAACACUCCACUCUUCUUUGGGGCUGAGCUCUCCCACCAUUUGGCCGUGUUCUAAGUGAACAGCAUUAUUAGAGUUACCUUGAGAUAAUGGGACCAAUAAAGUCAUCAUUUUUAUCAGAUGAA